CUUCUGGCUCUGAGAUUCCAUUACCUCUACAAGCUGAGCCCAACCCUAGGAGAUCAAGCUACUGCUUUGCUUUGACUCCUUGGAUACCCAGGUGAACUCAGGUCUUCAGAAUAAUUAGGUCCUUGGCCCCUGUCAACCUCCUUGCCUCUCUAGGAGUGCGGGAGAGCCAGCAGCCACUGAUGCAUUUGCUUGGGAGUUUCCUCCAGCAGAGCUUGCCCCUCCAGCUCCUGUUGCUGGUGGGGGUACCUGUGGCUGUGCUCCUGCUGGUACAGUGCCUUUGUUGGGGCUGCCCCAGAAGCAGGCACCAAGAGAGGUCAGAGGCCCCACAGGAUGUGGAGGAGCCAGUCCCUGAGCCCUUCUCCUCGCCAGAGGAUGAUGCCCCAACGCAGCAUCCACCAGCCACCCUGACGGAGAUGGCCAACUUCUACCAGGAGCUGCUCAUGCCCACUGAGGGCCGAACUGUCAUCCGACAGCUGAUGAACAAGCUCUUGGUGUUUGCAUGGCGUGAGGUGGAUCACCAAGGGGGCUGUCUGCUGCUCAAGGACAUGGGCAUCUCUCUGUUCAUCCCACCAGGGGCAGUAGCUCUGGGACGCCGGGAGCAAGUGUCCCUGACCCUGGUGUGGGACCUGACUGAUGCCCCGUCACUUUUGAGUAGCCAGGCCUUGGUGAGCCCUGUAGUGGCAUGCAGCCCCCAUGGAGCCUCCUUCCUGAAGCCCUGCACUCUUACUUUCAAACACUGUGCUCACAACUCCAGCUAUGCCUGUAUCUAUUCCAGCAGCACUGCCCUACUCGAUGACAAGAACUGGAAGCCCCUGGGACAGCCUGGGGCUCACACUUCGAGAGAUGAGUGUCGAAUCCCCCUCUCCCACUUCAGUCUCUAUACCUGCGUGCUGGAGGCUCCCAAUGAAUAUGAUGCCCGAAAGUGGUUGCAGCUAGCUGUAUUCUGCUCAGCCCUGGUACCAGGACAGUCACACCUACAGCUGCGUGUCUACUUCCUCAACAACACACCAUGCGCCCUGCAGUGGGCAAUGACCAAUGAGGAGCCCUAUGGUGGGCGCCUCCGUGGGCCCUGCCAACUCUUUGAUUUCAUGGGGACUCGAGGGGACCAGUGUCUGAAACUCAAGUACAUCUCUGAAGGCUGGGAAAAUGUGGAUGACAGCAGUUGCCAGAUGGUACCCUACCUCCACAUUUGGCAUGGAAAGUGCCCCUUCCGCUCCUUUUGCUUCAAGAAAAAAGCAGGAACCGAUGAGUACGAAGAUAAUGCAGCACUGACCAGUGAAAUUAUCGUCACUAUGCACACCUUCCAGAAUGGCUUGGAGACCAAGUACAUGGAAAUCCUAAGGUUCCAGGCAUCAGAGGAGGAAAGCUGGGCAGUGCCACCUCCAGUCUCCCGACCUGCCCCAUGCAACAGGCUGCCUCCAGAGCUCUUUGAGCAGCUGCAGAUGCUGUUGGAGCCAAACAGUAUCACCGGCAAUGACUGGCGCAAGCUGGCAUCCCUUCUAGGGCUGUGUGGCAUGAAGAUCAGGUUCCUGUCCUGCCAGCGAAGUCCAGCAGCUGCUGUCCUGGAGCUGUUUGAGGAGCAGAAUGGGAGCCUCCAGGAGCUUCACUACCUCAUGACGUCCAUGGAGAGACUGGACUGUGCCUCGGCCAUCCAGGUCUACCUUAACAGCAGGCAGAACCGACCUUCAACACCAUCAGGCACUCAAGCCAUUGCCCACAAGACUGAGUUCGGUGAAGACCUGGAGCUGGACGUGAAACUUUGAGCCGAGGCAAUAGCUAUACUACCUUCCCUAGGGUAGCAGGGCUGGGCAAAGCUUGGGAAGGGGCUCUGCUUUCAGAAUCCCUUUCUCCGGGGGCUUUAGGUUGGACACCUGGGCAGUUUUUCCUUUGGGCCUCAGGGAGUGAGACAUCUACCACCAACAGGUUGGUCCUGGGGCUAGCACCAGUGUACCUUUGUCAGGAGAUAUCAGCCCUUUUCUUAGUUACUCACUCACUGCCCUCUGAACUGAGCAGGGGACUGCAAAAUGGGAUCAGGGAAAGCUACCCUCCUUGCAUCCCACUCCUCACUUUAUAUUUCCACUAACCACCAAAAUCAGGGAAGGUUUGGAGAGAAGCAAGACAGCUGGGGCAUGAAGAUCUUUCAGGCUUGGCCAAAUUCUUCUCUGCAGACCUUAUCUCCUCAGCAGCAGCAGGGUGGAGAUAAUAGAAGCCUAGCCUAAAUCCUCCAAGUCUCAUCAGCCCCUGGACUAUUAGGGGUGGAAGGCACCUUAGAUAUCAUUUCACUCUACUCCCUCAUUUUAUACAUGAGGAAACUGAGAUCUGGAGAGUUUAUGGAACUUGUUCAGGUGAUGGCCUAUCGAGAGGACUGAAAUCAAUAGCAUUUUUUUCAGUAUCUAAUAUCUAUAUGGCAAUAUGCCAGACACUGUGGGGGAACAUGAUAAAAAUAGAAAAUCAAGUCUCUGCCCUUCUGGAACCCAUGAUUCUGGUUGAGAUGGUGAGGCCAACAGGAUUGAAACUACAGCAAACACCACAGAUGCAGACAAUUAACACUCUGAGUUCAGAGGACUAGUUGGUGUGGGGAUGAAGUGGUCCAUGAAGGCUUCUUGCAGGAGGUUGAAUUUGAGCCACACUUUGAAAAGGGGUGAGGUAGGAUUAGAACACAGGGGAGAGAAGAGCAGAAGAAAUUCUAGGCAAGUCAGAAGAACAUGGCCAAAGGUGUGGGGGCAGGAUUGAGUGUGACAUGUCUGGGUUCGUGUGAGAGGACUACCCUGUUAGUGAAGGUGAAGGGAGGGAAGACAAGAGGAGAUCCAGAGCCUUGACCUCACCUGCCUGCCCAGCUAUUUCUGUUCCAUCUUUCCACAGCUUUCAAUCUCUGUACCUCUUGAUCAGAAUGUUAGAAAUGGAAGGGAAGUUUAAGGUCAUGGUAUCUAAUCCACUUAUCACUGCAUUAUAGAUUUAGAGCUGUUCCCCUCUGUUUCUCCUUUCUUAUCUGUGCCUAUAUCUCUGUCUCAAUUUUUUCUGUCUCUCUGAAAUUCCCAGCAGACAGUGUUUGUGUGUCAAAGUUCCCCAAAGGCUAUUUUUAAAAAAUUGAGAAAUGGGUAGAUAUUUUAAUCAUACCUAAGAAAAAGGGUUAGUUUAAAAAGAUAUGUCUCUGGCUAUGGAAUGAAUCCAAUCUAGUACUGGUAAUUCUUAUGGCCUAAUGGGUGCUGAGUUGGCCAAGGACAGGCAAAGCAUCUAUUUGGCAACAAAUAGUUUGGCUUUCCGUUGUACUUGAACAAAAUAAAAUGAUGUUUUCUUGCAAA